AGCUAAACCUCUAGAUUCUAUCAAAAUUACUAUGUUCUUGAUACAACAGGCUCUGAUCUGGUACUGGUUCCUACUGAAGGAAAUCACAUCCUACGAGAUUGUUCCGCUACAGAGUGGAAUUCUUUUUCAAAGGGAACAGAAUAUAAUACUCAGUAGUCACACCUGGACUGUGUACCUGCAUUUUAAUUUGACCGAAAUCAGACUCGGUAAAGAAAAUCUAGAGGCAAAUCUGCAUGAAGUUCGUCGAACGAUCGAUGACUAUUCGAAAAUCUCAUCGAGCAAAAACAAAUUUCAAGAUCUGCUCGAGUCUUUAGAGAACGUUAACUCCAGAUUAGGAUCGGAUCUUCAGACGAUUAUUGACAUGAUCCCGCAGUCAAAACGGCGUCGAAAAAGAGCAUCCACCGAAAACCAUUUUUCAGAAAUGGCUCUCCCUGAAAACCUCUCCUUCUGGCAGAGGAAGCCAAUGAGAGCACGAUACUCAAAAACGCACGAAAAAGCCUCUCUUUUCAUGGCAAGAGAAAUCGAUAAAAAUCAAGGGAAUUUUCAAAAAGAAUCAGGGGCUUUAGAUAAAACUUCAAAUAUUGCAGACGUACAAAGAGAUUUUUUAAACUCAAAAAUUCAGCAGCGUAGAUCAAUUUCCGAAGACCAUGAUUCGAAUCAAGAACCAUGUAGAAAGGAGUCCCUGAUAAGUCAGACAAGUCAGACGCAGGCUGCGUCUUUUUCAAAUGAAAUUCUGUCGAAAAAUUAUUUAGAUGAGAUUCUUCUUAAUUCAAAUGUAUUAGAACCGCGGAAAGAUUUUAUACACUCACAGAUUCGCCACAGAAGAGCGCUAUCCGAAGACUUGCAUUUGAUUCAAGGGCCGUAUAGAGAUGAACCUCUGAUAAGGCAAACAGGCCGUAAUAAAGUUGCAUCUAUCUCUAAUGAAACUGUAAUUGACAUCAUAAUUAAUUCAAGUAUAUCCAAACCGCAAAGAAAAUGUUUACACUCUAAUAGUCGCCAACGGAGAGCGCUAUCUGAAGGCUUUCGUUUGAGUCGAGGUCCGUCCUUGAUAAGACACAUAGAUCAAACUGAAAAAGCGCCUUUUCCAAAUGAACAUCACCUCAAAAAGCGGAGAAAAAGGGCAUUUACAAGUGGCGGGAAGUUGAUAAAAUUCCUGUUCGGGAACCCGGACGAAGAAGAUCGGAAAGAGAUUUUCAGCAACCUGCACAAACUGAACAUCAACCACAAGAACAUAAUGAUGAACUCAAAGGCCCAAAGCCUAGUCAUCUCCAACACAGAGGAGACGAUCGCAAAGGCCCUGCACUUGCUCCAGAGCUUGAGCGAGAAUGUGACGGACUUCAACCGUCGCUUCCAAGAGCGGGUCAACGCCAAUGACCGGAACAUGUCGAUCGUCCUCGACAAAUUGAUCCACGAGAACAAUAUUGAGAUCGCACUCACUUCAUUGGUGUAUUUCUCGAUCGAGACCCAGCACGCCAUCACAGAGUUCAGGAACGCCAUACAGACCUCCCUGAGUCGAGUUCUGUCGCCCAUCCUCAUCCCUUCUGAUGUCCUUAUCGAGAUUUUGGAGAAGAUUAGGAACUGCCUGGAGAAACCUUUGGAGUUGAUCGUGCCUGGAACUCACUCGACUGUGCAUACUUACUACGAGUUGUCAAAGGUGUCUCUAGGAGUCGUGGGCGAGGAGCUGAUUAUAACAGUGACGUUGCCAAUUUCUGACGUUUCCGGACAAUUUCAGAUGUACAAAAUUGUGUCAAUACCAUGGCUCAUGAACAGAACCGACAUUUUUAUUCAGUGGGAGGUCGCAGACUACUUCAUCAUCGACGAAAGUCGAAAGUUCCACGCCGCCAUCACCUCGUCCCAGAGGGAGCAGUGUCAGGGCAAACAUAUUACAAUUUGCCCCAUCUCCACCGCCCUCUACACAGAGACGAGCCCCAUUUGCGAAUUCUCCCUCUUCAUGGGCGAGCACAAUCAACUCUGCAUGAAGACGGUCGAUAAGCUGAAAAAUAACAUAAUCAAAUCUAUACCGUCUGCGUGGGUUGUGUCCGUCGUGCAGCCAACUAGCCUGACCCUAAUCUGCCCGAACCACACAAUUUACAACGAGAAAGUCGAGGGGAGUUUCCUGAUCAAAAACGCAACCGAGUGCGAAAUUCUGAGUCGUUACUUCAAACUUCAGCGGGUCAUCGGAAAUAACAUGAGCAUUCAAGCGGACUUCAAACUUCUGGCCAUCCCCAAAAUCCACAUCUUGAACGAGGAUGAACGGAUCCAAGUCAUCGAUAUCGGAAUUGACGACAAGUUGACGGAUAAAAUCAAGUCGGUCAUCGACCAGAAUGAAAAGGCAACUUCCUUCUCGGCCAUGCUUCACGAAGUGAACAAGUACUACGAUGAGCCUUUCAUGGAGCCGAUGACGGCAUUUGCAGGAACCAUCAGUCUUUACUGUCUAGCCGUAGGAGUGAGCGUUUUUAUGCUGUUUUUCAAAUUCAGAAAAUAUUUGAGACUAUCUCAUCGCGGUACUCCUCAUGUUACAUUACAAGUGAAAAAUAUCGGGCAGAGCCCCCGAGAGGUGUCUGUUUAGUAUCAGUGGCCAUUUUGCAAGUUGGCAACACCGUUUUCCUCUAUUUGAAUCCAUUAAAAAUAUCGAUAUUAAGUGAAUCUAUUAGGAAUCGAUUGUUUUACAUAUAUUCAAAUGGAGGAGAAAGUAGUGUUGCAAACUUUUAAGAUUUGUAAUACUGUUACGAUCGUUGCCAAAUUUAGUUUGAUAAACCAAGACUAUGCCAAAAACUAGUAUAUUUUGUCUAAUUAUUAAGAACAAUUUCCUCGCAGUUUGAAUGUAAUUAUCUGGGAAUUUCAAGGAAAUAUGUAUAAAACUUUCCUCAGAGACAAAUAUUAUGUCGAAAAAAAUUUGAGAAAAUUCGAAUUUUCAUGCAUUGUUUUUCCACAGCGCGGCAUAAUAGAGUCCAGUAUUUUAACAAACUUUUAAACCUUUCACCCUCGUCAAGGAUUUAGAAAAAGAAAAUUAGUGCUAUGAAUAAUUUUCUGUGUGGUAUUGAACUGUAUUCUAUCCAAUUCAAUUCAGUUUUUGAAUGAUGAUAGAAACAUGUUUUAUCGGCUCAUUCCAACGAUUCUGUCUCAAGUCAAAUGUAAAUGGAAAGAACUCUUAGAUUAGAGUUUAGAUGAAUAACCAUACUUAGAAGAAUGCGGACACCAUGUAGCACCAUACUUCAAAAUUUCAAAUCUCUGAAUAAUUCCAACUUAAAAAAGAAGAACUCCACUUGAUAAGUUGUUGAGUUGGUAGCUUUGAAAUGUUUGAGGCCGAAAUUCAAAAAAUAAGCUGUUAUUGUUUACUGGGGGGCUUUUGAUUAAUAAGUUUGUUCAAAAUUUAAGGUUUGCAAAUAAAAUGUCUACUACAGUAAA